CUGUUGGCCCAGCAGCGCAUCAUCGAUCUCCACCACAUACCUACUACUACCCCGUGCUCCGGGCACUCUUUCUCCUCACAACGCCCACUCGCUCUCCGUCGUCGCCACUCGACACCAAUAAUAAUAAUGACGACCCACGCCAUUCAGCACCUGUUUGGCUAUGAGGACCCGCUCGUCGGGCUCGAGGCGCCGAGCUUCAACCUCCCCUCUGCGGGGACUGGGGCGCUGUACACCCCGCCCAUCGGCAAGAAGCCCAUCGCUAUCUUUUUUUUCCCGAAAGCAAUGACAAUAGGAUGUACCAAGGAAGCAUGCGCGUUCCGGGACGCGCAAGAGAAGGACACGGUGUUUCUCAGACAUCCAGACCUCGAGGUCAUUGGCAUCAGUCGCGACGCAAUCGAGAACCAAACAACGUUCCAGGACAAGCACGGGCUCCAGUACCCCAUCGUGUCGGACACGGACCACCUCGUCAACAAGGUGUACGGCGUCAAGGGGUGGCUGUUUGGCAAGGGCUCGGUGCCGGAGCGCAAGACUGUGUUUAUUGGCCCCGACGGCAUCGUGCAGGCGACUUAUGUCGCCAACUUGCGGGUUAAAUCACACGUUCGCUUCGUCGAGAAACAGCUCCAGCGGCUAGAGCUGCAAAAGACGAACUCGGACGCGACCUCCGACACCACAUAGUCUGCAAUCACACCUUCAGCCCCCUCUCUAGAACCCGCCCUGACUCGUGCCCAGUGAAGGUGAAACCACACGGCGCGCAAACUCUCUCCGACGGGACUCGAGCUCGACGGCCGCCGCGUCCGCUGCCGCCGGUUCCGACGACGGCGACGCCGCCGACCACCACCACCACCAUCCGCCAGACUCGCUCGCGAGCCUCCCCUCCCUCCCCCGCCUGCCGACCUCGGCCUCGCUCCACCUCUAACCUCGUUAAAUUUUAUUUUCUUCCCUUCCUCCUUGGUUAAUACGC